UUUAUCCACGGAGUAAGAUUGGCGGGUUUGGUAUCAAUCCCAAUUUGAGCGUCCCCGAGUGUUUGUAUUCAUCUAACUGUCAUAACCGUGUCACGUACUUUUUAUUCGACAUGGAUAGUGAUUACUACUCCACCGUAUAUACAUGGUUUGAGAAGUGUGGGAUUGUAUCUGAUAUCAGGACGCACCUGCGGCAGAACCUGGUGAACGCUUUGAAGCGUAAGGACCUGAGGCUGUGCAAGAGCAGAGAGGCGAAGUCGGCGAAACAGUACGUUUACGAUAUGUUAAUAGCCGAGUAUCUGUUUGGUCACAAUUACUCCUUCACCCUGUCGAUAUUCGCUAGCGAAGUUCCGCUUUUAGUAAACUUUUGCAACAGCGCGCCCCAGCGCACCGCCGACGACGGUGACAGGGGCGGUGGUAGCGGGCACAAUAAGUUGCAAAGCGAUUAUAUAACGCACACGCUGGAAACCCUGGGCAUUGAUCCCAACAGGCCCGAGGGCCAGUACAUUAUAUCGAAUUACAUGAACAGCGAAGCACCGCUGUUGCUGUCCAUUCUGAGCUCGAUAGCCUCGCUCGUUGUCAACGCUCAAUCGUCAACCAGAAGGUCCACGUGCGACAGAGAGACGCAAGCUGACUUAGCUUUGGAAGCGAAUCUUGCAGACGCGACGAAAAUGCGGGCAAUAAGGAAGAAAAUUAUGCAACAGAAACAACUAUACGACGACGAGUUGAAGACUAAGGAAAGUAAAUUGAAGCAGCAAGCCACAGUUAUAAAAUAUCAACUGAAUUCAUUAAAUGCAAAAGUGGAAGAAGCUCAGAAUGUAAUGCAAUCUUUGACCCUGAAAGAAAAACAACUAAAAGAAAAGAAAGAGAGCAAUGCGCAGUGUAUCUUGCAGAAGGAAAUGGAGCUAUCUAUGAAACAAAAUUUCUUAACUCAAGAAGCUAACAGAUUGCAGAGAGAACGAGACAGUUACAGAAAGUUUGAGGGUGGUUUGAAGAAACUGCAACGAGAGCUCGUCAAAAUGCAGAAGGAAGUGUCGCAAGGUACGGCGGACCAGUGCGCUCAGAACAAUCUCCGGGACAUUCACGUGCAAACUGACACGGAGAACCGCACGAUAAUGGACGAAUGCAGAACUCUACAAAGGCAGAAGCUGGAGCUGACGAAUCUCGUGGAAGAGCAACGAUCGAAGAUAGAACAGAUUACGCAGCGCAGCGCCCAAUUGUCACGCCAAUUAGAGGAGGUGCGUUUAUUUCAACCGAUCGAGAUGCCGAUUUCUGUGGCUCGAAUUGUCAGCGCGAACGCGAUCGUCAGCGAGAGCAGUUCCACGGAGGAUAUUCUUCAGGAUGCCAAAAUGCGGCUAAAGCGCCUGGAGGAAGAGAGCUCCAAGGCCGAUCAGUAUUUCUGUAAUUUCGUCAGCACUUCGUCGUAGCGAAUAAGACA